GAGUUAACAUAACCUCAAUGUGUGAUGUGGAAUGUUUUGGUUUUUUGCGAAAAUGCUCGAGGAAAAUAGGCAAAAAGUGAGCCUUUUUACGCGUUUCCUGUGACAAAGUAGUGUGGUGUAGAGCUAAAAUGGGAUUUCUUUACAUUUUGAGCUACAUUUCACUGCUGCUGCAAAUUAUUUUCGCCACAAUCUCAAUUGCUGCGGGACUGUACUAUGUAGCUGAGCUGGUAGAAGAGUACACGGUUAUUGCAAAGAAAAUCAUUUUAAUGAUGAUUUUCUCAACGGCAGUGAUUCACAUCUUCCUGGUCAUCUUUGACAGCUUCCCAUGGCUGAUGAUUCUGUGUGGAUUACUAGCACAGGGUGUGCAUGCGCUUAUAAUGAAGAACUUCCCGUACGUCCAGUUCCUGUCAUUCUCAUUCCUUGGCUCUGUGAUAUUGCUCAUCAUCAACAAUUACCUGGCAUUCACGUACUUUGCCUCCCACUACUACAUGCUAUCCGAGGUGAUUGCUUACUUCACAAUUUGCCUGUGGUUGGUGCCCUUUGCGCUCUUUGUCUCACUGAGUGCCAAUGACAAUGUCCUGCCCACGGUGAAUGAGAGGAGUCAUCUUCUGAGUGAAAAUGACGUUGUAACGAAUUAUUUUUCAAGUAAAAAGAAAACAGGUCUACUGACUUUCUUCAAUUACGCCAAGGAAUCAAUUCUUCCGCAGCGCAACAAGAAAGCCUUCUAACACUAACCCUUCAUUGACUUUAUUCACGGAAUUAUUUAAUUUUUCCCCAUGAGAUUAGUUUGUAAAUAAAAAGUAAUUAAAACGAUUAAAACCCUAAAAAA